AUGUCAAUUUCUAACCGACAAAAAGAAAGUAAACGGGAAGUUCAUUACGGCUUAUUCUUACUGGGAUAUAAAAGUGGUUUAAGAGUUAGUGAAGCAGUAAGUUUUGAUUUAGCCAAUAAAACCAAACAGGGCUUAUAUCACAUAACUAAAACCAAAGGCAAAAAGGAGCGAUUGGAAAUAGAACUAACUCCGCAUACUCUCCGCCGAACUUUCACUACUUAUCAUGCCGAGAAUGGAAUUCCGUUGCCACUAUUACAAAAACUAUUGGGUCAUAGUAGUAUUAGAACCACCGCUUUAUAUUGGCGGAAUAUUUAUGGUGAUGGCAAUAAUGACACUGCCGAUAUCUUGGCCGGUAAGAAAUGGUUAGAGAAUAAAGGAAAAAGACCACCCACACCAAUCGCGGAAAAUUUUGCUUCGCCGAAGGUUGACACCUUUCCGGAAAUACCAAAGAACUCCGAAUCUCUUUUUAUAGACCAAAGGUCAAUAAUUCCAAAAAAGAAAAUUAUUCAGCAAGAUAAUCCGCCAUUACUCACUGAAAUAAAAGAAAAACCCAUAACUAAUUAUCAAUCUCAACCAUUAAUCAGCGAAAUUCCAUCCCAAACACCAAGAAUUAUUAAAAGCAAAAAAGAGCCGCAAAACCAGAAAGAAAAUAUUCUACUAGUUAAAAUAAGAAAUUUAGAGGAGCGAUUAAAACAAAUCCAAACUGAAAACAACAAUUUAAAAUCAUUAGUUCAAUCAGAAAAGCAAAACAAUCAAUUAUCAAAGGAAACCAUCACUAAUUUAACGCACAAAAUUCAGUCUGACAAACCAAACCACACUAACCUAAUAAAUGCUUACCAAAAAGCGUUCAAUGAUAAAGUAAAAGCCGAAAUAAUUGUUAAACAAGAAAAACAACGAGCCGAUAAUUACCAACAACAAUUAAAAACUAUUACUAAAAAAAUUAAGCAUUGCCAGCAAAUAGAGCAAGAGCAAGAAAUUAAAGCCCAAAUAGAGCAGUUGCCGUCUUGA